AUGCUGUGGUCUGCGCCGGUGCAUUCUCGCCAGACAAAGCACGGAUGGCCAUUCAGUCAGAACGCAGUCUUCCGAUUCCCGGACACAGCGCCUAUGGUCAGGCGUCAAUACAGAGGUCCUCGUGCUGAAGUCUUAGGCGCCAGGGGCUACGGUUAUCUCGGGGCUCUGUUGUCGUUCCCCGCUGAACCCGGAAGGCGCUUGAUUUCAGGCGUAAGCUCUUGUUCACCCAGACCCUCAUAUGAGAACUCAUUGGUAGCACUUUACUAUUGCCGUUUUAUUAUCUUCUCCAUUCGAAGUCGACCGCUGCAGCGCUGA